AUGUCCUCUCAGGUCAGACUGAAGCUGCUGCCAAGUGCCAGAUGUUUGUUUGAUGAGCCCGUCCAAGUGAAGGUGGCCGGGCUGAGGUCCAAACAGGUGGUCACCGUGAGAGCCAGAUCUACUGACGAGAGGGGUAUGGUCUUCAGCUCGUCUGCGACCUACAGAGCUGAUGGAGACGGAGAGAUCGACCUGAAUAAAGACUCCUCACUCAGCGGGACGUACACCGGGGUUGAACCCAUGGGUCUGCUUUGGUCCAUGAAGGCGGACUCUUUGCACAAACGGUUUCAGAAGAACUUUUCUUUAAACCCACAUGUGGUGAAGUUCUCUGUCGAGGAAGAAGGAGGAAAAACGCUUGCGGAGGAGACCAGCGAGAGAGUUCUGAUUGGAGACGGGGUCAGCAGGGUGACCGUCAAAGAGGGGAAUAUUCGUGGAGUCCUCUUUAUCCCACCAGGUAAGUUCGAGUCUGCAACACCUCAACCUAAUAACCCGAUAUUUGCAGAAUACGAAUCAUUUUUGCUGAGUGUGUUAUGCCAAGAUCUACAAAAUUCCUCUUGCACCCGUACCCUGAACCCUGAACAGAAGUGUUUCUUGUCAAACGGACCUGCUGUAGCGUGUUGUAGCGCCAUCGCUAAACUGUCCUCCCUCGGGUCCUGGACUAUGUCACUUUAUCCUAGUUGUAGAAGUCCUGCAAACAUUGUGUUUGCUGGUAGUCUGUUGGCAUCUACAGUAGCGCCAAUGCUUUUGACUUUCACCUUGACUGGGCCCCAUUUGUAAUUAUCUGGAGUAUUUAUCUGCAUUAUAUCUGAAUUUCAUUGGAACGAUAAGAGCGAGCAGGAGCGUCUGUUUGUGGGCGGGGCUUGAGGGAGGGGAGAGGAGGAGCUGAGGGGAAAACUGGUUUGGAGGGGUAGAGUUUACAUUCAAGAUUUUUCUCCCAAAAACUGGCACUUCCUCAGAUCCUGCCUACCCCACCUUUAAGUUGUUUACAUACUUUUCCUUCAAAGUUACAGUGCCCCCUACUGGACAAAAGCAGUAUUAACUCACAUAAAUGCUCUGAAGCCUUUAAACUUUAUAUAUUUAAUGAUGUUUAAUGAUGCUAACAGUCUCUAUAAAGACAUUCAGCUCACUGAACCACUCACUAAAAACCACCGAGUGUAACUGUGUCUUUCUCCAGGCCCCGGUCCUUUCCCUGCUGUGUUGGACCUGUACACUUUCGGAGGCGGUUUGUCAGAGAGAAGAGCGUCCCUGCUGGCCAAUAAAGGAUAUGUGGUUCUGACCGUAGCGCUGUACGGUCACGAGGACAUGCCGAAAGACAUAAAAGAAAUCCAUCUGGAUUAUUUUGAGGAAGCGAUCCAGUUUUUGAGAAACCAUGAUAAGGUGAGUGCUUUUUCCUUCACUAUCUGAGGAGGUGAUGGAGUUUAAAAGUUGUCUUUAAAGUUCAGUUAAUUGUGACUUUGACAGUAAGGUUAUCUCUGUUCAUGCAUUAAAGUGUAGUGUCACUAAAAACAGUUGAAAGCGGCUCAUGGUGUCUUCGUUCUCUCACAGGUGGGCGGUAAAGGAGUUGGCAUCAUGUCACUAUCAAAAAGUGGAGACCUUGCACUUUCAGCAGCGACCUACCUCUCAGGUGUGGAGGCAACCGUGUGGAUUAACGGACACUCUGCCAAUACGAUAUUUCCUCUCCACUACAAGAAGAGCCAGAUCCAUCCUGCCUUAAUGUUCGACACCGGCAGGAUCAUUCCCACUGAGUCCGGAGCCUGCAUCGGGAAGUUUGCCAUGGAUGACCCACGGCGAGAAGAGAGCAGGCCUAUGCUGAUUCCUGUAGAAAGAGCGAAGGGACACUUCCUGUUUAUAACCUCAGAGGACGACCAGAACUGGGACAGUAUGACGUGCAUGGACAUGCUGGUGGAGAGACUGAAGCAUCAUGGGAAGACUAACUUUGAGAGCGUGAGCUAUCCAAGAGCAGGACAUUACCUGGAGCCUCCUUACGGACCCUACUGCCCCUCCAGCUAUCAUGGGCUUUGGGGAAGACGGAUCAAAUGGGGGGGCGAGGCCGGGACCCACGCCGCUGCUGAGGUCCACAUGUGGAGGAAGGUCCAGGAGUUCUUCAGAGCCAAUCUGAGAUGUGAAGAGGAGAGGGAUAAAAACUCAUCAGCCUCUUAUUAA